GAGUCCGACCCGGGUACGACGCCACACGCUCGACAAGCCUUCUCAUCGUAGGGGCGCAUCAGGGGAACGAGUGUGGCCGGUGAGGCUCCGAUCGGAGAAUUAAAGAGACGGGUGCGGUCGCGACCACUUCCAGACGAGGCAGAAAUGCAGAACGUGUAUUCACUCAGAUUUGUGGCGGCGCUGUUGCCCACGCUGUUGGUUUUAGCUCCGGCUCUGGAUGCCGCACCAGCGCCGCGUCCGGGGCGACUAGAUGUUCAACGAGGCUCAAUAAGAGGUGACCAGAAACUUCCCGACUCUUGGACGAGUGGUCCAGGCGACCACGAUCUACCCUCCACCCUCCCUCUUUCCGAACUCCCAGACGACACCAUAAGCAGCCCAGUACAUCUGGAUAAGAUACUGGUGGCUGCAUUGAAGACGGCGUCAGAGACAAAUCCCGACGGACUCCGCAAAAGUGCGAGCGGCUAUUCCGACGAGGCGACGGACGGCGCUGCUUCGAACCCCAGAGAGAAGUUUAUGAAGAUGGUGCAAGCUCUCGGGGAACUUCAUAAGACUCUGAACAGCCGCAUCACGAUUAUUAGCAAAGGUAAUAACAUUCGAAGUUCGGGGAAAAGAAGUAAAAUGACUGCUGAUGGAAAUAUCAAAUCGACCACGAUGUUGUCUGUGGUCAGCGGUGGAACCUCGGUGAGGGUGAGCACUGACCAGGUCGAUCCGAAACACCUGACCGGGAAAGCGUUCAAAAAAUCCUUGCCCUCGACUCCGAAGAAAACCAACAAGAGAGUUUGCUUCUGGAAGUACUGCUCCCAGAACUGAACCCCGACGACCCUUCUACUACCCGAUACGUCAAUAACACGACUGAUCACGUGACCCGAUGACGAGUGUAGUGUAGUACCACUGCAUGAUGUGUGUUAACCCCCGUUUCUAGGCUAAGCUAGGCUGAGCUAGGCUGAGCGACUCCUCUGUGAGAUCAAAUAAAGAAUUACAAGCAUUGCACGAGCCCCCUAAAUAAAGAACUUUAUUUUCGUACGUACGUUUGGUGAUUCUUCUGAAGAAAUGAGGGAACCCAGGAGGUCAGGUGCAGGUCUGUUGACCGAGCGUUUCUGUUUGCUCGCGCUGUGGUCCGGAUUCUCACCGCCGGGGUCUCUGUGGUGACGAAGUAUAGUUAGGCCGUGGAUGUUACGGCUUUGACGGUUACCUGGACGACCUGGAGAAACCGUACUGGAGCUCUUCUUGGCUUCCUCGUUCUUUGUUCUGGUUUUACAGUCCUCGUAGGCGCCGAUUUUUACAAUCCGACAAAACAAACAGCGUUUAAACGAGGACUUAAUGACGAGGCCUUCCUGGUACAAAGCCAAGCUAAUUUGGAAGGGAAGGGGGGGGCCCUCUACAUAUUCAUCUAUAGGUAACUGCUGCUGGCCCAUUUCAAUCAAUAAUGCAAAUGGUGUAUAUUAAAGAAAAACCCGCAAAGAAAAAAAAAAAACAUAAUAAUAAUAAUUAAAAAAAAAAAAAAUAAUAAUUAAAAAAAUUAUAAUUAAAAAAAUAUAAUAAUUAAAUAAUAAUAAUAAUAAUAAAAUAAUAAUAAUAAUAACAUUUACAUUCUCUGCAUUUAGCAGACGCUUUUAUCCAAAGCGACUCACAGUCUAAGCAAUUGAGGGUUAAGGGCCUUGUUCAAGGGCCCAACAGUGGCAACCUGACAGUGGUGAGGUUUGAACCAGCGACCUUCUGCUUACUAGUCCAGUACCUUAACUGCUGGGCUACAACUGCCCACAAUAAAAUAAUAAUAAUUAUAGUUAAAUAAUAAUAAUAAUUAAAUAAUAAUAAUAACUAAAUAAUAAUAACUAAAUAAUAAUAAUUAUAAUAAUAAUAAUAAUAAUAAUUAAAUAAUAAUAAUAAUACUCACUCACUCACUCUCUUAACCGCUUAUCCAAUUAGGGUCGCAGGGUGGUGCUGGAGCCUAUCCCAGCUUUUCAUUGGGCACAAGACACACAGUAACACCCUGGUUGGGGCACCAGUCCAUCGCAGGGCAGAUACACCUACACAUACACACACACCCAUUCACCUACAAAGCAAUUCAGUGUCUCCAAUUAGGCCUGACUGCAUGUUUUUGGACUGUGGGAGGAAACCGGAGCACUCGGAGGAAACCCACGUGGACACGGGGAGAACAUGCAACCCCAGCACAGAAAGGACCCGGACCGCCCCACCUGGGAAUAGCCGUAGCCUAGUGGUUAAGGUACUGGACUAGUAACCAGAAGGUCGCUGGUUCAAGCCCCACCACUGCCAGGUUGCUGCUGUUGGGCCCUUGAGCAAGGCCCUUAACCCUCAAUUGCUCAGACUGUAUACUGUAACUGUAAUGUAAAUUGCUUUGGAUGAAGGCGUCUGCUAAAUGCUGAAAAUGUAAAUGUAAAUGGAAUAGAACCCAGGACCUUCUUGCUGUGAGGCAACAGUGCUACCCACCACCGUGCCGCCCAUAAUAAUAAUAACAAAAUAAUAAUAAUAAUUAAAUAAUAAUAAUUAAAUAAUAAUAAUAAUAAUAAUUAAUAAUAAUAAUAAUAAUAAUAAUUUAAUAAUAAUAAUAUUAAAAUACUACUACUAAUAAAAUAAUAAUAAUAAAAUACUAAUAAUUAAAUAAUAUUGAAAAUAAUAAUAAUAACUAAAUAAUAAUAAUAAUAAUAACUAAACAAUAAUAACAAUAAUUAAAUAACAACAAUAAUAAUAAUAAUAAUUAAAUAAUAAUUAAUAAUAAUAAUAAUAACUAAAUAAUUAUAAUAAUAAUAAUAUUCAAAACCCUGGCAGGGUUUUAAAUAUUAUUAUUAUUAUUAUUAAUAGCUAUUUAUAGCCCGCCUUUCUGUAAUUUAUUAGGAUUUCUGUGGGUGGGUGAGUAGGUGUAACAAUUUUAUUGGAUAAAUAAUAGUGAGGGUAGGCAGGUAAUGUAGAGGGAUAUUCCUGUCACCAGUCUGGUGGAUGAGAAAGGACCAGACAAGAAGUGGACAAAAGCCAACAUCAUCAUUCUCUACUUGCUACAACAGCGUGGCUCUGUAGACACAGAGUGAGAGUGAUUGUCUGGCCUGUCUGCAGUCCAGAUCUGUCGCCUGUUGAAAAGGGGAAUCAGACGCCGACCGUUACAGACUAUCGAGCAGUGUCCUCAGUUCCCCAACCAUUAAAAAGUCUCAUUAAUAAGAAA